UCUGCUCCAGUCCACUUGUCAGCAGCAGAGCCGCUGCACGGUUGCGCUGCACUGAUGCAAAGUUCAUGUCCAAGCGGAAACAUACGGUGCGGACCGCAAACCACGGAAGAUGUAGAUGUGGUGAAGUUGUCUCUUUGCUAAUUGACUGCGCUCUGACUUUAUUUUAAGCUGGCCUUAAAUGAACUGAAUGAAAACACAGAAGCCCCCCUUCCUGGCACCCAUUGAAGAACUAAGUGGAUUGAAGAAGGCAGAGAGCAAGUGAGGGAGUCAGGGUGGGAGGAAAGACAGAAGGGAUUAGGAGCUAAUCCAGUGCACGGACAAUCCUGCAGGAGCCUUAUCUUCCUUUCAGGAUGAUGCACAAAAAACAGUUGCUGGAUUACGGGACCUUACUUAAUUGCCCUUUUCAAGAAAGCAUCAUCCUCCUUUUUCCUUUGCUCUGGUAACCUCUUAUAGGUCUGUGUCUUGGGUGCAGAGGGACCAGGAUACAGAGGUCAAAGAAGCGGGGCGUCAGGCCUGGUGACAGGAUGUCCAUGGUCAGUGUGGUGCCACACAUGGAUAAACCUCUUUAGUGGGAGACGGUGCAUAGCAGUGGACCCCCCGUCCUCUCUGCUUGGACUUUGAGGAAGACAUGUGCAGAACAACUUAUUGAAUGAGACACAGAAGAUCCUCUCAGAAGCUGGCGUCUGUUGAACACACGCAUAAAGGACUCACUGCCAUGGACCCUAAACUGGAAUUUAAACUUGACUGACAUGUAAUCAGAGCACAGACAGCCUCAUUCGAGUUAAAGGGAAAUUACACAACUUUUUGGUCACUAUGAGUCUGGGAAAACUGCCAGGGAUUAAAGGCCUUGUGUCUGGCUCUCAGGGGAAACGUCGUUUCAAGAGCGAGCUCUCCGUGGACAUGAUCAGCCCUCCGCUGGGUGACUUCCGUCACACUAUGCAUGUUGGUCGUGGCGGGGACGUGUUUGGUGACACUUCCUUCCUUAGUAACUACGGGGGCAUCAGGGAGCCAGGAAGUCCAGACUCAGCAAACAGCUCGAAGACAACUGGGUUCUUCACACGUACCUUUCGGCAUGUGCGCAAGAACUCUGGGGCGCGGCCGCGAGGGGGCUCCCGUGACUUGUCCCCACCACCAGACAUCUCACCCAUAAUCAAGAACGCCAUCUCUCUGCCCCAGCUGAACAUGGACUCCCCCAAUGGGUGCAGACAGAGGGUGCUGUUUCCCAGCUCCAUCAGCUCAACAGAUGACGCCUUCUGCACAUAUGGUCUGCAAUCUGGGUUUGUCACGCUGCCCCGCCUCUCUCGCCUUGACAAACAGUUCCAAGAUGUAGACGUCCGGAAAGGGUGUAUACCAGACAGCGGUGGCAUCACACUGACACGCUCAGAGUCCCUCACUUCGUUCACUGUAGACCUCGGCCCUUCCCUUAUGACUGAGGUACUGAGCUUGAUUGACAACCCCAGCUGCCUUCAGAUGUCCAGCCAGGCAGCAGGUGAUAAAGAGGAAGGCGAGGAAGAGGAAGAAGAGGAUGACGGCUCUCUAACAGAGACGCCUGUGCAGAGCCCUGGGCUGAAUUCACCCAACCCAUCCAUGGGGAGCGGGUCAUUCAGCAGGAAGAUGGACAACAGGGGGCACUCUUGUAGCUCUGACUGGACAGAAAAGGAGGAGGAGCGGUCCUGGAAGACACCAGAUGUGUGCUCUGGGUCUCCUCAGAGAGUGGAGCCUGCCAUGGAGGCAGAAAGGUUCCAGAAAGCAGCUGACGUGCUGUCUCGUCAUUAUGGCGGAGGGUCCUUUACAAAGGGAACGAGGAUGAGCAGCGACACCACCUCUCCUGCUUUCUCCCACAGCAGCAAAACAUCAUAUGCCUUUUCUGAAGAGGAAGAAGAGAUCAAAGUCUAGAUGUUGAAACUCUUAAUGAAAGAGAGCACAAACUUCAUUGAUACAAUAAAAUCAUUCAAAUCUACCAGUGACUGAAUUCUGGGUUCAUUUCAGGUCAGAGAGGCUGAAAAAUAUGUACUAUUCUGUUGUUCCUCCAUUGAAACAUUCUUACUCUUCUCACAUGCAUCUAUAUAUCGUCAUUGGGUGUCAUUGAUCAGCUACCAGAUCCUGGUCUUUUUUGCAGGAUAGAUAGAUGACGCUGAACUUGACCCUGGACGUUCCCCUCAAUCUGCACUACGUUGCUGCCGUUAUUUUAUCCAGAUUGUUUAAACCAUUCUGAAGCUCUAAGUCACUGAAUGAGACUUGUCAGGACAAAGUAUUAAUAAUGACUUUUCUUGUCAGUCAGUAACAAAGAUUUUGUAUGUCCACCUGCAUUAAUUAUAUUCAUAGCAGUUGCCUAAAUAUACUGGAGAACAAUGAACAACUUCUAUUUUAUUUUUAUAUUUUUUCACGCUGUACAUAAUCACUCACUACAUAAUCAUGAUGUUAAACAGCAAAAUGUAUUUUACAUAAAUAAAGCCAUUCAGGUUCAUAGGUCUGAGGCGUCAAGCUGAACCUGAAAUUAGAGGUUUUGUAACAAUUGUGUUAAAACCUCUGCACAUAAAUCAUUUACAAAGCUUUCUGUAAACCCCUAAUCUAAAUUGAAAACUGUUCAUUAUGUACUGAUGUGUGGCAUAUUAUUAGUACUUUUGCUAACCUGUUACAAAGAAAAUGGAAAUGUAUAAAUUAAACCUUUGGUAAAUGGCUACAUUUAUAUAGAGCUUUUAUCCAAAGCUCUCUACCCACUGGGCCACAGACUAACAAACAAACAAACAUUCCCUUUUAUGAAAUGUAUCAUAAUUUCCAUAACUGCACAUGUUCAACUAUUCAAACUGAAAAUGUUAACAUCUAAUAAUUCGGGCACUACCAAACAAAACUUUCCCUUCAGCACAACAUACCUCAGAACACAGUAGCAUUAACUCUUCUGUUUCAUUACCCUGAGAAUCCUCACAAUGUCAGACCCACUCUAAAUGUUUGGUAUGAACUCUUUUGUUUUGGAAUUUUCUACACCAUGCCAGCGUAAUUUCUGUUCAUUGCUCAAGGUAUCUGUCUUCAGCUUCUUUCCUGUGGAGUAGAAAGAGGGCAAUCUCACAUUCUUCCCUCUCCUGAACUCACAUAAGACCUUGCUGUGGAUUGUCAGCUUUUUUAAAUUUUUGAAUUGAAUUGAAAUCUUUAUUUCAAACAUGCAAGGGAAAGUAUAUAAAAAAAUGAAAUAAAAUAAUGUUUAAAAACAUAGGAGAAAAAAACAACAGCAAACAAAGUAGCUUACCCUUCUUUCCUGUGUUAGCAGGAAGAAGUAAAACGUAUGUAUUCCUACCCCUUUAAUUCUUACAUUCCUUCAAUUUACAAUAUUUAUAUUUAUUAUUAUGUUGUUAUAUACAUCCAUAUGUAUAUUUAUACAUAAAUACAUACAUACAUACAUACAUAUAUAUAUGUAUAUACAUUCACAUAUACAUACAUACAUAUAUAUACACAUACACACACAUAUUUUAUUAUAUACACAAUAUUAAAGUGACCACUGACAAGUAUUUAUUUAUCUAUCCUCGAUUACGUACUUAUUCAAACAGCAAAAAAUACAACAAAAAAACAAAACAAAACAAACAAACAAACAAACAAACAAAAGACAAAAAACAUAAACAAAGGAGCACUCCUACUUUUGCUACACUGCCUCUUGAUACCUCCUGAAAACAAUUUCUUUGUACUUUUUUGAAAAGGGAAAUGUUUGGCCAUUGCUUUAGGUUCUCAUGUAGUUUGUUCCACAAUUUAACUCAGCACUCAGCACUUAAAUUGAUAAACAUAAUCUGUUAGUCUUAAAAUUUCUCCUUCCCCUUAAAUCGUACCCUCCCUCCCACUCAGAGAACAUAUUUUGUAUAUUCCCAGGCAAUAGGCUAUUUCUUGCUUUGGACUUCACAUCAAAACAAUAAUAAAAGAUGUAGUUUGAUGACAUAUGAA